AUGGCUAAAGAGCAGCAAAAACCCACGUGGACCUUAACGAAAACAAGUCUUCAGGUGAUGAAUGCAAGAUGUCCAAGGACGCCGAGGUCGUCCCAGCAGAUCCAGCGAUCAUUCAGAAAAAUGAAGAGGAAACUCGAUGAGCGAAAGUUGUCAAAGCAUAUACGUUUGAUAGAUCUGAACGUUGCAAAAGCUGAAGUUCUGGAUAAAUGGGUGUCUCCUCAAUUUGAUCGCAAAGCUCCUUCGAAAGUUCAUAAUCGCAAAAAAGUCAAGUUCAGAAAUUGUAGCAAAUUUCGUACUAAUGCAAGAAAUAGAACAUUUCGAUUUCGCAAUACUAUGACACCAUCCAGACUGAAUUUUCAACCUACGUACAAACAAAAUACUGAUACAAUGUUAGAUUCCAACUUUGAUCCUGAACUAUCUAGUUCGCAAAGUCGACGAAUCAACGAUCAGGACUUAUCACCAAUUAAAAGUGAUCAUGAUGGUAGUAAUUCACUACAGUCAUGUUCUACAUGUACAUCAUUAAUGAUGCAUAAUGAGGAUGAAGGAGACAACCAAGAAGAUAUAGUUUUAGUCCCAGCAACACCAUUAAGUUCGUAUAAAUACCGUUGGACUACACGAUCAAUAUUUCAUCAUAAUUAA